AUGCCUGCGCUGCUGGGCCUCCUACUUACAGGGCUAGCCCUCAUCGCCAAAUAUGCAUUCGAACCAAUACUCGCCGGUCCACUUCUCGGCUUGAUGUUGUACGCUCCAGAACAGACACGGAAAAGCGCAUUGGAUUCAACAUCUCUCUCGAGUUUCAUCGAUAUACGCAGUCUCAUACGCAUAUUGGGGUUUCUAGUUGUCGUGGGUGUGAUCAGGAAGGCCAACGCAGCUCUGAACUCAUGGGCUACAAAUAACUGGCAAAUAAACGCAGGCCAUGGUUGGGAGUGGCGCUCUGAAAUCGCAGUUGUCACUGGAGGUUGCAGCGGGAUUGGCAGAGCCAUCGCAGAAGCUCUCACAUUGCAUGGUAUCCGCGUAGCAGUGCUCGAUGUGCAGAACGCGCCCGAGGCGUUCACAUCCAACGCCCUGCUGACAUGCUUCCGAUGCGAUAUAUCCAACCCGGUUGCAAUAGUAGAAACAGCCGACAAAAUCCGCAGCCAUCUUGGAUGUCCGUCGAUUCUUGUGAACAACGCGGCAAUCACGGGCUCUUACACGAUCCUGAAGACCCCAAGCGACUUCCUCAGCCGCAUCUUUGACACAAACAUUCUCUCGCACUGGCGGCUAGUACAGCAAUUUGUACCAGAUAUGGUGGCAAAGAACAAAGGCCACAUCGUGACAGUGGCGAGCGUCAACUCUUUCCUAACAAACUCGGCCAAUGCGGACUAUGUGGCGACUAAAGCUGCGGCGCUGGCGUUCCAUGAGGGCCUCACGAGUGAGUUGAAGAUCUGGUAUCAUGCGCCGGGCGUUAAGACUUCAAUUGUGCAUCCAAGUUGGGUGCGCACGCCGUUAAUUGAAGAGACGAUAUUAAAGGGUGGGCGGGACCCGAAAAUCCUUGAGAGUAUGCUGCUACCGGAGGAAGUGGCUGAGAUUAUUGUGAGGCAGAUUGUUAGUAGGCGCGGUGCACAGGUUUUUGUUCCGAGUGCUGCGGCACCUAUCUCAUGGCUGAAGGGGCUACCAAAUUGGAUCCAGGAGCUUGUUAGGGACUGGUUUGGGAAGACGAGUGCUGUUACGGGUGCCACCAUGAUUGCGCACUAG